CCAGUUAGAAAAUCACAUGCCCGAGACAUGGGAAAAUCUCACGCAGUCUCCACCACGCCGUUCGUCUAAUUCGCUGAGGGUGUUGUUAAGGUUCGUUCUUUAUCUGUUCUUUCACUUAAACGAUGAAUCAUUUUCUAAAUUAAGGAGUUGUAAUAAGCUGCAACUUAAUGACCAUCCAAUACGCUGGGAGUGUUACCUUCGUACAGAGGAGAGCCAAAAUUCUGCAGAUUAUUGCUGGGUUCGGAUAAAUAUUAAAAAGUUCGAAUUUUGUAACUUGAUGCCAUAAAAUUUAUGGCAUUAUGUCAUUAUUGCUAUGUUAGAACUCCCACUGUGAUCCAAUUUUCUGAAUGCUUACUGGGUUGCAAAACAAUUACAGGUAAUAGUUUGAUUUUACUACUGAAAACCUCAAAAUAGAUGUUACUGUUGCUAAAGUAGAACUCCAAUUGAAUUUGUCUAAUUGUUCACUGGCUCGUUAAAUAUGCUACACUAAAACGAAUAACUGAGGCUGAGAUUAACAGGAUUUUUAUUGGUGGCAAAAGUAGGAGACUGAGGUUUUGUGGGGGUGUUAAAAAGAUGGACAACAACAAAGGAAACAGAACAUCAUCAACUACCCUUCCAAUGUCAAAGGUGUCUCCCAUCAUGGAAGAAGGGAUCAAUCUAAUCCUCUCUCGAUGGACAGCCCUUGAACUGGCACUCCAACAAUCAGGACGCCCUCGUGAGAAGCUCGCCUCAUGUAUCAUCUCCCUCUUCAUCAAUUCCAGAAAGGAGGAACUAUGUCCAGAAGUUUUGGAGGAUGUCCUGCUUUGGGAGAUGGAAGAGAUGGAAACCAUUUUUGAAGAUGAGGACACAGAAAUAAAGGAGGUAGCAUCCAAUAUUAUGCGUGUUCAUGAAGGAUGCAUGAAAGGAGACUAUAGUUUUGUAGAGAGGUUAAGGGCUUGGAAACCACCCGCAUGGAUUGGUGCCCAUGUAGGGAAGGCAACCGUUUAUGAGAAUGAUGAUAACAGCUGGGAUAGUGAUGAUUCUGAUGCUGAAGAUGAUGUUGGGAGUCCAGUGAAUAAUUAUGGUGGCACAUCAAAUAUGAUGGCUCUAGAUUUUCCGAUGUCUCAUCCUGCUGCUGCAAAUGGUGGUGAUGAAAUGGCGAUUGACGGUGAUGUAUGCAUGUCUUCUCAGUCAACUGCUGAAGAUGAUGAUGAUGGUGGCGGGUGGGCUGUAGUUGCACGCAAGCACAGCAGCAGCAAUGGUCGGCGAGGGAAAGGGGGUAUGGGGUCGCAUAAUGGUAAUAGGAUUCUUUGAUGUGUUUGGAUUUAGAUUGGAUAUGUUUUUCAUGGUGUUAUUAUUAGCAUCUGCUAUACUCUAUUUGGGCAUGACACUAAGUUAUGUUGCACGGAAACGCGAAAAUCAUGAUGAAAUCGGAAACGAGAAUCGUCAACAUUUGGUUAAAAAGGAUUUAUUUAGAGGGUUUUCAAAGA